UGUAAACAGAGUCGGGGGGUGAAGAGUAUAUAAACUGUCACAGAACUUCGGGACACAGCAACAGUCCUCACAUCCAACUCUGCUUUCUCUUUGCCUUCAAGAAACUUGUGAGAUUCACCAUGGCCUUCAGCGGACUCCUGAAUGCUGACAAUGUCACAGCUGCUUUGCAGAGCGUCUCAGCUGCAGACUCCUUCAACUACAAAAACUUCUUUGCCAAGGCUGGCAUCUCUGGCAGAAGUGCAGACCAGCUGAAACAAAUCUUUGCAGUUCUUGACCAGGACAAGAGUGGCUUCAUUGAGGAAGAUGAGUUGAGACUGUUCCUGCAGAACUUCUGUACUGGUGCAAGAGCUCUUACUGAUGCAGAGACAAAGGCCUUCAUGCAGGCAGGUGACAGUGAUGGUGAUGGCAGGAUUGGAGUUGAAGAGUUCACUGCCCUGGCAAGCCAUUAAAUAAAGGAGGACAAAGACCAAACCUUUAACUAUACUGAAAGCAGAAUAUGAAUGUUAAAAGCAUUUUUUUUACAUUUUAUAUAAAGAAGUAUAUUUAUAUGACAAAUGUAUUAUUAAUGUUGCUACAGCAUUUUGAUAGAGAAAUGACGCUCUGCUCAUGUGACCUUUAUUGUUUGACAUCUUAAAUAAAAAUGCUGCCUAACCAUAUUUAUUGCAUUUUGGAACUCCAUACUUUAUGGAAAAAAGUGACAAUAAAAUCAUGUUGACUCAAA